AAAGUAAAUUAUGCGUUGAAUUGUAUUUAUCUUUUUAAACUAAUUUUAUUCUUUCCCUGUUUUUCUUUGAGUAUAUCUUCACUUUAUUUUAUUCCCACCCCCCCACAAAUCUGACCUAUACUACCUUUUCAACUAGUGCCUUUCAACUUAGAAAAAAAAUGUCUUUCAUUCACUGCAAAGAAAUUGUUCAGAAUUAUAACUGAUCCGCUAAUAAAUAUUGCUGCAUAACUUUGCUGUCAAACUAAUACCAUGAUUACAGAACUAGUUAGGUUGUUUCCAUCAACCAUGGUCAGUUUUUGUCUGAAGAGGAUAACACACCAGCCUAGCCGUAAGUAUUUAAGAAAAUGAGAAAAUUGUUCAAUGCCGAUACUAUUUUUCAGUUAUCUUAGCAGUGUCAAAUUUCCAUUGCAUCAUAAAAAGCUUCAUUUGCACACCGAUCAAGAUGGUAUGGACCAUCACGAUACCAGGCUUUUAAUAAAUUUGGUUCAAAUUUCCACGUGAAAAAAUGCAUUGUGUUCAUCUCACCAUCGCUGGCAAGCAAAGUUACCUGAGGUGUAGUGAAAAAGUAGAACAAAAUCUUUAAAGUAGGAACCUCACAACAACAUUUCGGUAGGUGCCUUCAUGCAGGACUGCACAAGAUAAUUGUUGGCAUAGAAAAAAGAACUGCAGAGAACAGAAAAAUGCAUUAUGGUAAGUGCACAAUGAGAGUGUGAAAUAAUGAAUGAUGUAGUUUAGAAAUAACUGAAUUCCAGACUGAUUAUACUCUGCUACUUACUUCCAAUCCAUGUUGACAUCAAUUAAUCAUUCUAAAUAUGUGAGCUUCAGCCCUGUAGAAAUCUAGACGAUGAAAUUACUUUUUCUUGAGGCUUGAAUCCGUAGAACUUGUUUAUAAUUUCCUAUUACUUCUGAUAAUAGUUAGUAAUACUUGUAUAUGCAGAAUGUUAUUGUUAACAAUGAAAAUUAUGCUGGACCAAUGAUAUUAUACAGAGCAUUAAUGAGGAGAACAAUCUAAUGUUGGUAAUGUAACGGUUUAAAAAUUCCAAAUGUUGAUGGAAGACAUUAUGGAUGUUGGGCCAGCAAGUGAGGAAGAGCUCAUCGGGUCAGCAAGUUCCCCAGGUCGGUGGGUCUGGAGUCAGAUGUCCACGAUUGUUUUGCUGAUGUUGCUUUGUUGCAUGUAGUAUUCUGUUUAUUUAUGUUCUUUGUUGUUCUGCCAAGCUUUGUUGGCAUGCUAUGUUGGAAGUGGAGUGUGUGGCAAUACUUUUGGGCCUGUUGCCAGCACAUCCUUGUGAUUUGACGGCUGUUAACGCAAACAGUCGUUUCACUGCAUGCUUCAACGUACAUGUGAUUAAAUCAAUCUGAAGCUGAAAUGUUUCGACAUGCAGUUCUGUAUAAUAUUUUACCUUGAAGCUUGGAUCUUGCAUUGUUUAUCUUGUCUAAAACAUCUUGGUACUUGACGCCAAGGGUCUACUUAGUGUGUACUAAUUGUUAUCAAAUGUAGAAUAAUCAAACAAAGGAACAAAGUGAAUGACCAGUUAAAACAUAACGUGAUGCAGGAAGAAUAUAGGCCAAGACAUCAACUUGCCUCCUAUUUGGUAAAUUGUUAGCAAGUCUUCAUUUUCUAUAUGAUUUGAUGCACAAAUUAUUCUUAAUAUAAGAGGUGAUAUUAUAAUUUGGGGAUUGUAAGAAAGCCUACUGAAAACUGAAGUACGUGAUAAUAAUUAACUGUUAAAUUUGAAAUAAAAAGAAAACUGAGAACUUUGUUACAUCCAAAGUAAAAGGAAAAUUGUUACGGAUUCCAUCUGAAAUAUUGACUUUCCCUUUCUGCUUUACUAGGUGACCUUUCAAAAUUAAAGUUAACGGCUGUUUAUGUAUUUCUUGCUCUUGUAAACUGCAGUAUAGUUUUUACAGUCUGCAGUCUUUAAUAAAAGAUUCUCAUGUUCUGUUCUGCUAAGAAUGUAACCAGCUAUUCCUUGUAGCAGUUAUACCUGAUAUAAUCAAAAUUUGGUCCAGGAAACUCUUAUCCACUUGUGGAUUUGAGUCAAAUGACAGAUUGCAGGGUGUUGCCUAUUCACAAGGAAAUGUGAAGGAAGGUAUUAAAGUUGCACAUGUGGCCUUUUAAUGUUUUCUGUAACAAUAUGUCACCGAAAAGGCUCAUUAAUGUCACUUUAUGCUGUAAAUGUACAGAAAUUCAAUCCUUUGUCUGACAAGUGAAUCACGUUGUACUUGAUAUAGCUCUAGGAAACGGUUUCAUUAACCUAAGUGAACAACAAAGGAAAUUGUGACAUCAGAAAAAUCAGAUAGUAGGAUUUUGGUUCAAAGAUGGGUUGAAAAUUUAAAGUUACACUAACCAGUGCAUAAGUGCCAUUACAAAGAAGGCACAGCAGCGCUUCUGCUUAGAAGUUUGUGCAGAUCAGCAUGUCAUGUAAAACUUUGACAGACUUUUAGAGAUGCAUGGAGGAGAGUAUCCUGAUUGGUAUUUCCAUACCAGGCAGGGAUACAUCCAAUAUCCAGGAAUGGGAAAGUCUACAAAAUGAUUACAGCCCAAUUGAUCACAGGCAAAGCACUCCCCACCAUGAAGCACAUUUACAAGGAUAGCCAUCACAGGAAAGCAACGUCUAUCUUCAAGGGCCCCUGACAUCCAGGCCAUGCUCUCUUCAUUGCUAUUACCACCAGGCAGGAGGUAGAGAAGCUGUAGAUCCUAUUCUACCAGGUUCAGGAACAGUUUUGCCCUACAACCAUCAGACUUCUGAACCAGCAUGGAUAACAUCAUUCACCUCAACACUGAUCUGACUCCACAACCUGUAUCAACUCCCUCGUAAGGAAAAUUGAACUCAUGUUCUCAGUAUUACGUGUUUAUUUUAAAGUAAUUUUUGCAAGAUUUGUCCUCUUCUGCAGAUUGUAUGCUUGUCAGUCAUUAUUAUAUAGUCUUUUUCAUAAAAUCUGUUAUGCUUCUUGAUGUUCUUGGAAUUGCCUGCAAGAAAAUGAAUCUCAAGGUAGUAUAUUGUGACAUGCAUAUAUUUUGAUAAUAAAUUUAGUUUGAACUUUGAAAAUAUAGUCUGUGACUCAGUUUUGACAUUUCAGGAUAUUACUGAUGCAUUGGCCAAUGUAAAGCAAUAAGCAAUAACCUUUUGUAAAGUGUAUGUUGUAAAUGUAUAUCAACUUCAUUCAUCGGUUUAAAAAUUUUGACCCACUUAAAAGGUUACAUUUUAAGAAAUAAAAAGUUACAGUAAUUAACUCAUAACAUUUACUUCCAUUUAGUUUGAAAUAGAACAGAAUUGUGACUCUUGAAGCCUUGAUGUGAAAAUUAAGUGGUGGAACGGAUACUGACUGCUUUGUUAUUGUUCCAACUAGUAGCAAUGCCACUACUAGAAGAAACAACUCUCCUUGGGGAUGUCCCAUUUAAUAUACCUGUCAUUGUUAUAGGAAAUGGUCCUUCUGGAAUAUGUCUCUCCUACCUGCUGUCUGGAUAUAGACCGUACAAGGCACCAGGAGCUGUACAUCUAAAUCCAAUCCUUAAUAACAAAUUGGAAGAAGGAAUUAAUUUUUCUAUUGUGGAUCAGGAUUUGGAAUAUCUUUCGGAAGGUCUUGAAGGCAGGUCAACCAACCCAGUGGCACUGCUCUUUGAUGCACUUCUUCACCCUGAAGCAGAUUUUAGGUUUGAUUAUCCUUCAGUUGUAGAGUGGAAACGAGAAAAACACAACAGGAUUCCUCAUGUUGUGCUGGGAAAAGGACCACCUGGUGGUUCCUGGCAUGUGAUGAAUGGAUCAAUGCUAACAAUUAGUAUGAACAGUUGGAUGGAGCUACCAGGUUUGAAACUGAAAGACUGGACCAAUGGUAAAUGGAGAAAUCUGAUGAAUGAUAGAGCAACUCCCGAAGAAGUGGCUUCAUAUUAUAAAGACUAUGUUAAGAUUAUGGGUCUUCAGAAAAACUUUAUUGGCAAUACUUGUGUCACUUCUGUCUCAAAGUUGCAGCAAGAUCAAAAGUAUAUAAAGGGCAAAAUACCAAAAAGUGUUCAAAAAGAUCCCACUACACAACAGUUGCCUGCGACUGAAAAUGGAUUUCCUCACAGUCCUUGGGAAGUCAGAGGAUAUCAGAGAAGUGGAGAUGGAUCAAAUGUGCCUUUUUGUCUUUAUGCUGAAAAUGUUGUCUUAGCCAUUGGUACCAAUGAUUUACCUGCCAGACUUGGAGUAGAAGGUGAAGAGUUGCCUUUUGUAUUUCACAGCAUCUCAGCCUUUGAAUCAGCUAUCAAAAGCUGCAGAGUUAGCCAGGCAUCAGAUCCUGUUCUAAUUGUUGGUGCAGGGCUGAGUGCAGCAGAUGCAGUAUUGUGUGCCAACCAUCACGGUAUCCCUGUCCUUCAUACAUUCCGAAGAAGUGUCACUGACCCGACCUUGAUCUUCAAGCAGCUUUCAAAGAAGCUUUAUCCAGAGUAUCACAAGGUUUAUCAAAAGAUGUGCAAGCAAUGCUACAUCACAAAUUCAUGCUCUAACUACACUAGCUUUCCUGAAACGUGCAUUGUUUCUUUUGUACCAGAUAUGAAAUGUAUUCUUCAAACUGCUUCGGGAAGGAGUAUUAUUCUAAGUAUCUCAAUGGCCCUGGUGCUGAUAGGUACUUACCCCAAUUUGUCCUUUCUUAAAGAGCAUGGAAAAUACUUGGGUAUAGAUCCAAGUAAGCCCAUUUCAUGUAAGAAAAAUCCUAUUGACAUUAAUCCCUAUACAUUUGAGUGUACUAAAGAGAGUGGCAUUUUUGCUAUGGGCCCACUAAUUGGCGAUAACUUUGUCCGCUUUCUUAAAGGUGGAGCUCUGGGCAUCACAAGUUGCUUAGUGCAACGUUUGAAGGAAAAGGAGCAGUUAAUUUCUGAAACUGGAAAUGAUGAUGGUUAACAAAGUUUAAGACUAAUGCUAAAUAUAGACCUGUCCUACUUCACCAAAAGCCUCCUACAGUAAUCUUUUAAGAUUAGAUUUUUGGUGCAAAGGAAUUAGUGCAUGCCCUGUUCACUUUUUAAUAAAAGAAUGGAAGAAGUAUUUUAGUUAAUUGUUAGUGUCCUCAGCAGAAAUGCACACGUUUUUAUGUAAUGUGAAAUACUCAUUUCUUCAUGGGUUAUAAACUUAGCAAACAACUAACAAGUAAAUCUAUUCUCAAAAGUCUACCUACAAAGGUCAGAAUAGCAGAAACCUCAUGUGAGAAUCGCUCAGUGCUUCUGGCCAUCUUCCUCUAAUGCAUUUCAUGGUCUAUUAAUUUCAGUGAGCCAACUAGUUUUUUCUUUGCAUAUUUUGUCCUAUAGACAAAAGGGAGAUUGUUUCAAUAAGUGCCCUUUCAACCAAAAUUAUGCUGUUCAAGACAAUUUGAUAAGACUAGUAUGAUUGCUUUUUAAACAUUCCUGAAGUCCUUGUACAUUUCCAAAUAGCAAACAUCCUGGAGCAUUUGAUUGUAUGCAAUCAUAUACCUGAUGAAAAAAUAUAUUGAAAGCUCAUAACAUUUUGUUAUGUUAUUACGAAACUGAAAAUAGUGUGAAAAUCAAAGGUAGGACUCUAAAAGUAACAUUGCCAUAGCAGUAGGGAGCCAACUAGCUUCCUGUCCAUAUGCGCUAAUGUCCAUAGGGGUAAGUGUCCAACAUUGCACUGGUAUGAAGAAGGAAGCUUGAGUGGGACAGCUUGUUCUUGGUCAGCCUAUUUGGCAACUCUCCCAGUUUAGGCAUAGAUCCUAAAUAUUUGUGGGUAGAACACUGUAGAGCUGACCUGGCUGUGAGCUUGAUAGAAAUUGUGGCAGCUGAUCUGACUGGUUGUAUAUUCUUUCUUGACAAUGUUUGAUGUGUGGUAAACUAUGUAUAUCUGUCUGGACACACCCUUCUGCUGACUGCUCCUGUGGCUCCUCCCACAGAUACCUGUAUAAAGGGGAUUGGGGCACUGCUCCUCCCUCAGUCUCCGAGUGUCCCUUUUGCUGCUAAUAAAAGCCUAUC